UAGAAUAGAAUGUGUAGGAAGAAACUAUUCAAAUUCAAGUAUAAUUACACUAUGGUAUUAAUGGCACGCUUGUUAUAUAUUGUUUUUAUAUUUUGAAAGUUAGAUAUUUUCAACCGCUUUCGUCUAAUCAAGGUAAAAUAUUAGGUACUAUGGACGUGACAAGUUCCAGUCAAAAUCAAGUCUUCUUUACCAACCUACUUUUACUUGGAUUUGAUCCUGUUGGAAUGGAAAAGAAACAUAAGAUCAGUUUUAAAAGGGACAUGUUUCAACUUCCAAACAUGCGUGCUUUCCAAGUGGUAUCUCAUUUCUUGUUCACUAAACUUGAUCCACAGACCAGCAAAGAUGUUUUCAGAACUUGUUGGCCAGCAUUUGACAAGAAACAGGAACAAGAGUUUAGAAAGGCUUGUUAUAACUGGUUGACUAAAAUAAAUCGGGAGGAUUCAGAAGCCAACUUUCUGAGGUUUGGACCUUCACUAUUCUUAUCUCCUGGAGGUGAUCGCUUCUGUGACCUUUAUCUAGCUUUCUCACGCUAUGUUCUUUGGAAAGUAUUAAAAACCAACAGCACCGACAAAGACCUGAAAUGCUAUCCCCAUAUCUCAGAAAAAGACAAAAUAUUGUUGGGUGUAUCGGUGAAAUUUUUUAAAGUCUCAACACAGGUUGUAAUGCAGCAGUUUGUGAAAAACCAAGAAACUGCGAUCUCUUUACACAGGGCUUGGAACGCAUAUGCACAGCAGCUAGUUACAAAAAAUCGAGAACUAAAAAGAAGAAUUCAAGAACUGGAAGAAAAGAUCCAAAAAGAGUGGAAAACUGUUUCAGAGACAAGUGACAUUGAAGUUGAUGAUUCCAUUGGACCCGAGAACCGUCUCUUGAAGCUUUCCGAAAGUCGUAUGAAACAGUUGCAAAAGGUAAAAGAAUACUGGAACAAACUUGAAGAGUUCAAAAGCAGUGAAGACAAUCAAUGGGAAAUUCUUAACUCCGUGCGUGCAGGAAAGGGCGGUAUUACCUACCGUCUCGACGGGAGUUUUAUGCCUGUUCACAUUCCCAAACAGCUAGUAGAUUCAGCAGGGAGAGAUCUUCAAAAAAGAAAUGUUUUGAGUGUGUAUAAAGAUGGCCAGCUUGAUGUUGAAAGUUUUAUUCAUGUAUGGAAUGCUUGUCUUCGCAUGUAUAUAGAACAGUUGCAUAAAGGUAAACUUCCAGAUCUUAGCAGUGUAGUCAGCAUUCUCAAUGAGACGUCAACAACAUAUUCUGCACUGUGGAGACAAAUGAAGACUUUUAGCGAUAAGUUUAAGCAGGAAAUAAUGCCUCAUGUCCAUCAGUCGUGUAAACAGUUACACCAAAGAUUAACGGAAAACAUGAAAGAAGACUCGUCUCCAUUUAGGGUUCAGGGAACAUCUUUGCAGCUGCUGCCAGGGACUCCUACUCCAUCUUUUUCUCCUUCUGGUAACUCCUUAAAUUCUCCUCUUGGACCAAAACCUUUACAUCUUACUCCGCCAAGUGGUCUCACUCCAGAACAGGUAAACAAAAGAAAAAUUGUUCGAGGGAAAAGCCCACUUCUUUACGAUCCUCUGUCUACUCCUCAGCCACGUUUUAGGGAUGUUGCUACAGAACAUUACAGCUUGGAAGUUCCCACCAUCGUACUUAAACAGAUUGGACAAAAGCAGCAGACUAGAAUCAAACACACAACUUCUAACCCUUCUACGGUGUGCUCAGGUGAAUCUUCUCCCACUAUCAGCCCUCUCCGUGGAUUUCUGCCGGGUGACAGUAAGACAACUGAUGUCUCGUCUACCAACGACAAAAACGAUAACAUAUCAAAACCCCCUUCCACCAAUAGAAAAUAUUUACCAUCAAGUAAGCCACUGAGGAAGUCCACCAUUUCCAGGAAGUUGGACAAACAAACUUUAAAGCCUUCAGUAUCAGCUGCUAGAGUCCUGUAUGCACCUUCGCCCAAGAGUUUGGUCUCAAAAUCCAACCCAAGGAGCACGAAGAAAGCCAUUCCUACAAAGAGGGAUAGAAUAGAGGCAGCGAAAGACAACUUUUCUGAAAGAAUAAUUGGUACAGGACGAAAGGCUUUUGAAUCAAAAGAAAAGCUCUACCGAACACCAAACAGUGAACAGGCUGGUCUAGAGAACUUGAUUUAUGUGGACAAAACACCUACAGCAAUGUCAGAAGACAAAAGGGUUAAUGAUACCAGUCACAAAACAGGAGACAUUUUAAGUCCAGCUGAAGCCAUUCAAAACUCUCUUCAUGAUUUACUGAGAGUUUUUGACUCAAACAUGGCUAUAAGAAGGAAGUCAAAGUCUCCCUUUAAAAAGUCUAUUGGUGAGGACACUUCCCAACUGGACCAAGACCUCUGCAUUAAAGAAACUAGUGGGUCAUCUUCAGAGCCUCGGCAAGAACCUGUUAGUCUUACACUAACAUCGCACAGUUUAUUGUCAUUACCAGACACACUUGAUGUCGAGGACCUUCUCUCAUCAAUGACGUUACCAUCUGUACCAUAUCUUGAUUCCCUUGAUAACAGAGAUGUUGAUAGGUUGGAAGAUCCAGAGUUUGACAUUUCUUUAUUAUAACCAGCAUCUUGAUUUCUUCGAUCAUAGAGAUGUUGAUAGGUUGGAAGAUUCAGAGUUUGACAUUUCUUUAUUAUAACCAGCAUCUUGAUUCCCUCGAUCAUAGAGAUGUUGAUAGGUUGGAAGAUCCAGAGUUUGACAUUUCGUUAUUAUAACCAGCAUUGACUUGCAUGUGUAUAAAGUGUAUUUAAAAAAAAAAAAAGGUUAUUUUUAUGUGAGCUGAAACUAGUUUUAAGUCAGCUAGAAAUAAUCCAUUUUUUCGGUAUCUCUAUAUAGUGUAAUUUUUAUCUUCUAGUCUGUAAUACUUUCAAAUUAAAUUUCUUGUAUUUAACAUUGGUCAGCCUAAAGAUUAAAAUUUUUAAAAACCUUUCUAGUUAAAUGAACAUCGGCCUUUCUUUUGUACAUUACACUAAAUUUUUCAUUCAAGGUUUCUUUUAUCUUAUUAAAUUUGUAUGAGAUCCAUUUUUUACUGUGUGUCAAUUUUACCGUUGCCAUAAACACUUAUGAAUCUAACUUGAAGUACCAAGAUUAUGUUAAAAUAUUCAUAUUAUGGGCUUUAGUAUCCACUUUAAAAAAUACUGUAUAAUGUAGGAUAAAUCACUAUCCAAAAUAACCCAGGCAGCCAAUUUAAGCAAAUAAUAAAAAUGGUAAUUAAUACCAUUUCAGUUAAAAUUGAUAAUUAACAAAAAAUUGUCUUAAUGUUUUUGUUACGGCUGAUAUUUAAUUGAGAAUUGGAUAAAUACGAUGAUAAUGUCUUGAUUCAAGUUCCUAUCUAAUUGUUUUCUUUGCGGGAAAGUACAUUCUGUAAAAUGUAUCCAAGUUUUUACA